GGGGGGGUGUAGAUAAAGCAGGAGGCGACGCUGGGGUAGUCAGUCAACACUAGACCAUGGCGAGGAUGUGUGUGGUGGCGAUGUUCCCUCUGCUGGUGGUGGCGGUGCUGGGGGUCACCCUGGCUGACCAAGAUAGUGCAGGGUCGUGCCCCAGACCCGGGACCGAGGGCGCGGAGCCUGCUUGUUCAGGCCAGCGGGAGACCCUCCCCUGCCCUGACCCCUACUUCCCUCUGGGAGACACCUGUUACUGGAUCCCUGACGCCAGGAGACAGAUGGAGGACGGGCACGUGUACUGCGCGGUGCGGGAACCAGACGGAUACACCGCCAGACUGGCCGUCUUGGAUGACUGCGACAAACUCGCAGCUGUAGCUAAUUACAUCGCCGACACCCUCGAUACGAAGACUAGCUACUGGAUAGGUGGAACCGACCUGUUCGAGGAGGAUCACUGGUUCUGGCUGAACAAGGCUAAGGUGGUGCGAGGGGCGCCCUUCUGGGAGACCGGCCAACCGAACGGACACACGAAGGAGAACCACCUCGUCCUGAACCACCACGGCCGGCUGGAGGAUAGGGACGCCUCCGACCUACUCCCCUUCAUCUGUCAACUCAAGUGACAUCUGUAUACCUGCGUUGAUCUCUAUCCCUGAAAGGGGGGGGGCCAGAAGGUGUGUGACGGGGAGAAAGAAACAUUGGUCCACGAGAGGACAUUGUGGUCAAGACCUCGCUUAACACCGCUCCUGGUAUGGAGGGUCAUCCUCAAGUAUGGAGAAGGGUCAGGAAAGACAUGUUCAGGUUGUCACUGUCACUUUCAUCAUUAUAUCACCAUCAUCUCUCUCAUCAUCACUAUCACCAUCACCUUCACUCUGUGACACUCCGCUCCUGAUGUUGCAUAUUGAAAUAAAAACUUCUCUUGUA